GUUGGGGGAGAUAAGGCAGGUGGGCGAAUGAAUGUGUCCAAGACAAGUAGUGGUUACGGCAGUGUUUCUGGGUCAGACGAGGAGGAAAAAGAAGAGACCAUAAUUAUCUAUGGAAACCAGGGCAGACCAUCAGGUUGUCCAGAGAUUCGGACCACGUUGAAGGAGGUUCUGACACUAGAGGGCAGUUCAGCUAUCCUGGAGUGUGCUGUAACCUGUUCCCCUAUCCCCACAGUGUCCUGGAGUAAAGACAAUAAGGCCCUCGGCUCCUCUGUACGCUAUGAAACAAAGUUUGAUAGCUCAUCAGGGAAAGCCACUCUCACCAUCAAAAGUGCUGGGAUGAAUGACAUGGGCGAAUACAAGUGUAACUUUCGUAAUCCUCUUGGAGAGGCUGAAACAACAUCAAAACUCAUCGUAAAAAAGAAAGCCACAAGAAAGCCAGAGUUCAAAAAGAGGCUGAAAGAACAGUCGGUGACGGAAGGUCAAGCCGUUGAACUAGAAUGUGUGAUAAAAGAGGCUUCCACUGUGUCAUGGUACAAGGAUGGGAUUAUUCAGCGCAACUCGGCUGACUUUAAACAGACCUUUGAUGGUGUCACUGCUAAACUGGAAAUCUCAGAAAUAUUUCUCGAUGACAAGGGCGAAUAUGCAUGUGUGGCCAAAAAUGAUCUGGGCGAGACUAAGACAGUGUGUAAAAUUAAUGUGAAAGAAACUGCAAGUGAUGCAAAUGUUGCCCCUAUAUUCCUGACAAAGCCAAGCAGUAAAAUUCUGAAUGGUGGAGACACACUUUUGCUGGACUGUGAUGUCAUUGGCACGCCGAAACCAAAAAUCUGCUGGACAAGGGAUGGCAACGAAUUAACUAGUAACCAUGGCUGCAAAGAGACCUAUGAUGGGCGUGUGGCAACACUCAGGAUUUCAGAUGCCAGUAAGGAUGACAGUGGCAAAUAUGAAUGUACCGCCGAGAAUAAUGAAGGCAAAGUCACAGUGGACGCACUCAUUGUAGUCAAAGCAAAACAAGGUCCUCCAGUCAUCCUACAUCAGCUGAGUGAUGUCAGUGUGGUCCCUGGGAAGUCCGUCACUCUCCAGUGUGACGUCAGAGGAACUCCGGUUCCGAUGAUCAUGUGGAGAAAAGACGGUCAAGUCAUUGGAAACAUGCCUGACUUCCAUCAGACUUACGACAGUAACGUGGCUCGACUCACUAUCAAGGAAAUAUUCGAACAAGAUGAUGGAUGUUACGACUGUGUAGCUAGGAAUAAUUUCGGAUCUGUGACAUCAACAUGCAAGUUAAAAGUGAAAGAUGAAAAUAGUGCCAAAAACAAAAUGUCCCCAAAAUUGGGAGUGCGCAAUAAAACUCAACAGAAGACAGACUGGAUUGUGGGUAGGGACAAAGGUCAAACAACAACACCUACGCCGACCCUGCCAAAAGACACCGGGGUCAAGAGAAGUGAGAGUAUGCGAGUCACAUCCGACUAUGGAGUUCGUGAUCGUUUAAUGAAAAAAAUAGAGGACAAAAGUGCAAAAUCUACCUCCGAGAAAGAAGAUUUUAACAAAGUCUUAAAUGGUUUAGGGAAAGGUUCCAAGGCAAUGGAGGAUUCUAACGACAAUCCUUUUAAAUCGCUCAAAGAUGACGAGAAAAAGCGUGCGUCAACAUUUAGAGAUUUAGACAAAGGUAAAGACAAAGUUAAGGUGGAUAAUGACCCGCCUUGGAAAAAUGUUUCAUUACGGCGAACAGAAAGUGCACGUGUUCCAACAAAACCAGUUUGGUCACGUGACAAAAUAGAAGAGAAACAAGUAGAACAAUCAGAUAAAUCGACACCAGAAAAACCCAAAACUUCCUCCACAGGUGCUUCAACCGACUCAAAACCUUCCAUUAGAACAUCAUUAAAUCUAGAGAAAUCAGACUCUGUUACGAAAGUUCCACCUCAAACAGAUAUGCCUCCACGGCCUACUAUAACGCUUCGUAGGUCAGAAAGUGCACGUGUUGGUCAGUCUCUAUUCCAAAAGAAAGAUUUUCUGGCUCGUGCGAUUGAUUUAGCAAUGGAAAAAUCGAAACAGCAGGAAAUUAACAAUAAUCGAUACCAGGUAAUAGAGGAAUCACCGCCAUCGUCGUCGUCAUCACUACCCAUCACAGAGAAAGAACAGACGAAGAAGUCAGAGAACACCGACUUGUCCACAAAUGGUGCUACAGAGGAAAAAUCAGGUUCAACAAAACUGGGAAGGACACAAAGUGCAAGACUUCUGUUCGAGAAUAAAUGUAAUUCCCCGGAUAUCAAACCAGAGACGCCAUUGGCAAGUUUUCUGGCUCGUAAAGAAAAUGGAUUAAGACGAACCUCAAGUCUGAAGGUCACCCCUGCUGAAAAGGAGGCAGGAUGGUUCAGAAACAAAUCCCAGCAGAAUGGCCUCAAUUCCUCUCCGUUGACUAAGGUCUUCAAUGAAAUAGUGCAGUCUGUACCAAUAGGUGUUAACUUGUAG